CACGCGUUCUGGCGGGCUUUUUUAUACACUGGCGUUCGCGGAUGGAUGAGUUUGUAUACAGUCUGCAGUGUACAUUGUACCUGCGUUAGGCCAUCAACAUACGGCGUCGUUACCUUUACAUACAUGUACAUUCUAUUGUCAGCCUAUGAAUAGCUACCUGGUGGGAACGCAUCCGCACGAUGCACAAAUCCUCCAAGAAAUCUCCAUGACUUCCACCCCUAAACUCAGCAUGCCAUUACCGUCUGUUAAGUGUAAAACGGCUAACUGAGAUCCCACUUUAAAGGGUACAGUGUAAGGCAAGAUGGAUCAGAGAUGUGGUAGAAUACACUCCACCAAUGAUGAUUCAAGAAGAUUCUCAAUUCCAAAGGUUCAAAGGACCCCCAGUCAAGGAUGCCGACAUGCUGUGGAACUUGAAUCAAGACAAGCGAAGGACAUCCUCAGAUUAGUGAACGCUCAAGUUCUUGAUGAGCAACAGAAACUGCAGCAGAAGUGGUGUGUGGAAAACAUCAGUAUUGUCGUUAAUGACAAGUUGCAGCAGGACUUUGCUGAGAAGAAGAAAGUACUCAAACGAGAACUAUCCAAGGAGCCUGCAGAGUCCUUUGCAUUUGGGUUGACCGUGUCCGAGUAUGAAGCAGAUACCAUUUGCAGCCAUGGAGACUUUAGUUGUCAGAGCAUCAAUGUACCACUUGGCAGUGUUGACCAAGGAGUCAACGUAUUCCUCUUCUCAGACACAGUGCUUGAGUGGGCAGGAAAGAAAGGCUUUGAGCAUCCAUGCCUGGUUAUCUAUAAGAUACUCAAGGGUCGGACAAAGACGGUGACCCAAAGGAUGUCAUCAAGAGAACUAGCAUUGGAACCUACGCCUAAUGCUGACUGUCAUAUCACCAGCUGCAAACCUAAUGCUACUGAGCCAAUCUUCAAGCAACUCAGCAAAUCACAGGUGUUCCUGUUUGAGUAUGAUGAAAAGGCUCUUCUAAGCAAGCACCCGAGACAUUGUCUACCAUAUGCCACAAUCUCACUAACAUCAAAAGCAUUUGAGACUUAUGAACCACAUUGUGAAGGUAGUAUACCAAGCUUGAGGACACUGGAGUCACCAGCAGAAGCUACAUGUACCUUGGAGAAGGGGAGGUAUCUGCAUGUACUGUCUCAUCCAAGGAAGAAUGUAAUCCCCACGGGGCUUGAGAGAAAACGGAAAGCAGAUGUGUCUGCUAUUUCACCCCUUCGCAGAUCACCAAAAAGUAAGGCUCAGCUGGAAACCAUACCACAGAAUUCCGUGGGCAGUGUGUGCAAGUCAUCAGUGGAAAUACAGUGCACCAGUCAAGUUUUCUCAGCAUCAUUUUCCAAAUGUGUAAAUCGAGAUGAAAAAGAAAAUGCAAUCUCGCAAAAGGCUGAGGGGUGUAGUGGAGGACAAAGUACAGAAAAGCCACAAGGAGGUGUUCGAAUGAAGUUGUCUGAUCGUUUUACAAAUGUCAAUCCAUGUGAAACUAGAUUGGAAGACCCACGUCUUGAAGAAAUGAGACAACAACACCUCAAAGCCCUUGAGAAACUUAAAGCUGUUCGCAUUGAGCGGAUAAAUAAUGCCCUUCUUGGUUUUGGAUCAUCAUCUGAAGAUGAAACAUUCUCAACCAUUCAAAGCGCACAUUCAUUUGCUAUGUGCAUGGACUCAUCUGCAUGCCCUGAGUCAUCUCUUGUUACAAGUAAUCAGACAACUGGACAUGGAAUAAAAAGCCAGAAGAGAUCACUGCCCUUAAAAUCCAGUCCCAAUGGAACAGAAUCCUGUUAUGGAGGAUUGAAAAUAACCAUUAACAACUCCGAAAGGUCAUCUGAAAAUAUAUGGGAAGCAGAAAUUAGGAACCAAGCACUUCAUGAGGUUGGAGAAAAUGACAAGUCACAUGGCAAACCUGGACAAAAAUCUGGUAUAAGUGAGCAGGAGCUUGAGGAAGUAAGAUGCAACCAGCUGACUAUGAAAAGCACCAGGAGUGAAAAAUCCCCACUCCAAAGUAAUCACUGUCACUUAAAGGUCAACAGGUAUCAUGAUACUCACAAGUCUGGAGUAAGAGAUACAUCUGUAUCACCAAACAGACAGAAAUCACCUGAAAAUCAUGACUGUGUUCAACCAAAAUCUAGAGAGUCAUCUUCCCAGGAAGUUGAUUUCUUGAAGAGUAGGAGAUAUUCUAAAGCCACUAAACACAGUCGUAGUAAUAGUUUUUUUAGGGACCGAGAGAAUGUUCCCUGCAGAGGCUUUUCUCAUGGACGGGGCUAUUUUCAUAACAGAAAAUCUCGAGGCUUUGCUCGGGGUAGAUGUUGUAGAGGUAGAGGCAAGGUCCGGUCCAAAUGCCCGGAGUAUUUCAAGGCAGAUGAUACCUCUCGUAUUUUUGAAGUAGAGGAAGAAGUUUAUGAGGCUGCCUCAUCAAAAACAAGAAAACCACGGCUUGUCGGAAAUCCAUCGCCACUGGCGAAGUAUGAAGAAUGCUCUGCAUUAGUUUCACCAAAAUAUCCAAGCUGUGAAGGAACGCAACAGAAUGGUCAAGAUGGUUACGGACCAGCACCUUAUAUUAGAUUGCAAAGCAGGGAGUACAGCCCCAGUAUAGAAAGGGAAGUGAGCUUAAACAUUCCUUGCCAUGUGUCGCCUAAACACAUAUACCCAUUUCAGUCUGCAGAAAUUGUGAGGAAUGCUGCUGCAUUUGAUCUGCCGGUCGUUGUGGCCAAAGAAUUUGAUUCAUACAAAAGUUCCCUGGGACUGGAAGACAUUUCAUCGAGUGAUUCAGGUCCUGAUGCUGAUACAAGCACUGGACUCAAUACAGAUAACAUGGAAGUUCAAGAUAUGGAUGUUGAUGAGUCAUCAAGAGAAGCUUUGUUCGGGACAUCUAUGCUACCAAAUGUUUGGGAAGCGUCAAAUGCUUUUGUUGGUCAAACCAGCACCAUUCAAAAAUCAGCAAUCAAUGUACCACUCCCUGAGACACAGAGCUGUUGCACAUUUGAGGGUGGUAGCUUUGGAGGACUUCCAGUGAGUAACAAAAGUCCUUUACCUGUGGAGCAAGGGUUCACAUUUGGUCAUUACAAGGAAGACCCAUCAGUGAUGUUUUCUGCUCCAGUGCAGGAAGCUGUAAAUGUACUGGGGCAACAAAUACUACAGGCAUCCACCUCUGAGCAAAAGGGAGUUCUUCAACUUGCUUUGGAGAAUUUCUUGCACAAGUUCACACCUGGUGGAAACGGGAGUUGUCCUGUUGAGGGUUCCAAGUGUGCAACUAGGGAAUGUUCUUUGACAGUUGAUGGACCAAGGAAUGACAUUCCUUCAACUUACAUGAAUGAUAAGCUGAUUUGUGCAAAAGUGGCAGAGUGUCUUAAUCAUAGGGACAUAAAACCGGAGCAGCCAGUGCACCAAAAUACUUGCCAGGCAAAUGGAUCACCAUCUAUGACUGACUCACAGAAAUUCAAAGUUGAAAGUCAGUUUUAUGGUCGACCACUAGUAAAAACUAAUGGAACGCCAGCAGAGAUUCUUAUGGAAAACAUCCCUGGACAAAACAAACCUGUUGAUCCAAGAGCUGCUUUGUCUGCAUUGUUUGGCAGAAAGUUUGAAGUUGACUUGAGCAUUGUUUCAUGGAGCACUGACAUAGGAGACUCUGAUAAAUCCAAAGGUGAUCCUAUGAAGGUUGAAACAAACAUUUCUGUUCAAAAGAAAGUUCAGGUAAUGACAGAAAUACAGAAAGACCCGCGACUGAGGAUACAGGAGCAAUCAAACAAGUCAACUCCUCCCCCUUCUCUAUCUAUUCCUGUUGGUUCAGGCAUUGAAGAAAGCCAACUCAUCCCAAAAGAAGGCAUAAGCAAUGUUGCGCAAAAUGUUGAGGCUGAAAAACUCCACUCAAACAGCCCCACAACACAAUUUUUGCAGAAGCUGCAACAUGUAUCCAACCUUAGUGUUGCUGUAGCAACACUGCAUCCUCCAAGAGCUUAUUCAAUCUCCAAAGACUCGGACUCUUCCAGCGGGGAGGCUGUGAAACCAAAGUCACACAGCAAAGUUUCAGAGAAGUCAAGCAAGUGUGGAGGAAAAGAUUCCAGGUCAAGAAGAUACAGCAGUAGCAGUAGUUGUAGUGGGAAGUCUUCACAUUCUUGGUCCCAUGAUAGCAAAAGUGAUUCACCAACUUUCAAAAGGAUAUCACCACCCAGGAGGAGGUCUUCACAUGGUGCAUCACCAGAAAGAGACAGAUCACCAAAGAGGAGCCGAUCACAUCAAAGCAGAUCCCCACUUCAUGCUAAAUCACGUAGAAAAUCACAAUCACCCCAAAGAAGAGGAUCCCAUCACAGUAAAUCAUCAAGCUACAAGUGUAGAUUACCCUUUCGAAGGAGUAAAUCACAGACUAGAUCACGGUCGUCAAGUGCUGAGAGGAGCUACCACCUAAAUUCAUCAUCGUCAAGUGAUGAUAAUAGAAAAUCUCGCAGAGAAAGACUCUCUGAUAUAAAAGGCACUGCUGAAGCUUCCUGUGGUCUGGAGCCAGUCGAUGACCUAUACGGCAUCUCAUCAAAGCUAUCUGCACUACGUAAAUCAACUAAUAAGGCAACCCAUCAAAUGUCCCGUUUUCAGACUGACAGGAAGGCAUUCAAAAAAACCUGUUUCUCGUGCUUGGGCCAGUACAACAACCUGUGGCUCAAGACAACAAAGACAUUAGCAUCAUUGAUGGAGGGGAAAAGCUCAGCCGAAGAGUCCAAAAAAACCACCUUUCAAACUUCCAUCAAUAAGUACGAGGACAUUGCUGCCAAUGUUCACCUUCAGUUAGAGUCACUGGUUAAAUACUUCUCCCCUGAUGAAAUCGAAAAAGCAGGUAUUGAAGACUGGAAUUUCAGGCCAUUAAGCGGUGUGCCAGGAUUAUCUGAGAGAGAACACAUGAAGGUUCUUCGUAGGAUCAAGGAUGUGUACAAGCAACAGCACCAAACUAGUGAUCUUAAACAUCUUGUUCGUGAGAAGAUGAACCUGCUCAGAAAGAAGUUGAAAUCUAGUGUCAGCUCUCAUCCCCAGAACCAGUCUAAUAGUACAUACUACUUUCCCCAGCCACUUGCUGGAAUCCAAUCUACACCAGUGACUUCAUCAGUGAUGCAACAAAUGCAUUUUAACAGUUCCACACCGAACAUGAUUAGUGGGAAGUCUGUGGCAAGCAUCCUUCCAGGCAGUGCACAGAACUACCAUGGUAUACCAGACUGUACUUUGGACAGAAGAGUUGUGUUAAGGAGGAGUGCUGAGGCUGAAACUCCAGCAGACAUGAGCCACCAGGGGUUUGCUACUUCAAACCCAGCACCUAAAAAUUCAGGUGUCAUUCAGCGAAACAUAUGACUGAGGUUACCUGUCAAGAGGAAAACAGACGGUAAACUUUGGCUUUUGCGACAGUUGUUAAGCUUCAGGAUCUUUCAGACCGUUGAUUGAUGCUGCUAGCUGUACAUACACGCUACCUAAUCAGAAAUCUUUUCAAAGAGAAUACAUGAACAUGCAGCAGCUUUGUAUCACUAUACUUUUACUCAGUGACCUUCCCAAGAUUAAAAAGUGCUUGUACUGGAAAGAACAGCAAAGGUCCCAGUACCCAUUGAUGGUCUGCACUGCUGCAUGGAGGCAGCCACCACAAAACUGUGGUGUUUGGUCUGUGCACUGCAAUCCACGCACGCAUUCAUGUAACGAUAGAAACUUUUGACAUCAAAGGUUUCAGCCGAGGUUAUCAUUGUACUCGCAGUUGAAACUGUAGAAAGAAAGUAAUGAAUUCCCCCCAAAAAAGAAGGUAAAUGCACAUUGUAGCAUUUUAGUUGUUUUAGUUUUGACGGUUGGAGACUACUUUUUUGAUGCAGUAUUUACCUGCAAGAACAGCAAUUAAGGUCAAGGACAAGGUGAAGAGAUCAUUUCUAGGAUCUACCUGGAUCAGCAUUCAGUGGGGAAACUGUAAUUGAACCUGCAGUCCAAUGAUAAUCUCACAUCUACUUGUGUUCCUCAGCUGAUGUGGUCAUUACCUCUUCCAGGAUGUCCUGCAUCUAUCCAUUUUCCUUUUCUUCUUUGAUUGGUUAUUUUAACUGCUUUGCCAGUCAACAAUAGUUAUAUCUUUGUUGUGAUCUCCAAAGGAAUUAGUGUGCUCUAUCCUUGCAAUAAGUGUAAAUUUAAAGUGAAUGAAACCUUCAGAGAAUUUACAUGGUAAAUGUGUGAUAUGUUAAUAAUUUUAUAUUGAUUUCAAUUUCUUUUCAGAGAGCAUAAUUUAUUUUUUCUAUGAACAAGUUUGUCAUUUUUUUUCAAGCACUUGGAAGACCCUUGUAAUAUGAAGCAGUUCACCGGAGGCCUUCUCUUGCUCACUAUUUGAGGAAGUCAUCCAAACCUGCUUGUGUUGUUUUUGUGAUCAGAGAAAAUUACAACUUGAAAAUCUUUUUAUGUGCCAGUUUCCAAAACACACCAUACACUUUGCUUGCAAAUAUGAAAAAGAUGUUUCACAAGAGGCCUUGUUUGAACAUUUGGUGACCUUAAGCUCAACCUGAGCAAUGCGCUCAAUUUUAAAACUGAAAUUAGGUUUGAUUGGUCAUAUUUACAGACCAUAUUAGUUUUGCAGAUCUGAGGAUACCAUGCUUAAGAGUCAAUAGUUUUGCUGUUGUAAUGUACAUAAUAGACUUGCAUGAGAGGCUGCCAAUACAUGUCCCUGUACUAGAGUCAGUGAUGUCACAUUCAUACCUUGUCACCCAGUUAUGAGGCAUGUAUACAUUUGAAAAGUUGUAAACCCACUUCAUCUAUGUACUGGCUAGAGACAUUCAACCCACAUACACAGUUUAUGUACAGGUGUGAUACCCCAACAGUACUAGCUCCUAAUUGUGAUAUCUGAGUUAGUAUAAGUGGUAAUUCAAAGUAGUCAAAAAUGCUUUAGAUCCAGGAACCUUAUUUUAAUGACAGAUUUUCAAGAUAAACGCCCAAAAUUAUCACUUUCUUUGAUUGGGGACUUUUCAAACUCCAAAAGAUCAGAAAAUAAAAGACACAAGACUUGAA